AUCCGUUUAUAGAGUGAUACAGAACUCCCUGCAUUCCCACGUUCGUUUUUAGAAAUUGUCAGACACCAAACUUCACAACUAUUCUGCUUUGUGAGUCUCUGAACAAAUCUUCCAACAUGACGUCGGGCCCGCUGAUUGUCCUUCUUGCUUUCCUCGUGUUUGGGGAUUUCACCAUCGGUAGGGUCAGUGGUAACUCCAGUGCCACAUGUGUCGACUGCCAGAGAGUGAGGAACGUCACACUUCAGUUCGACCAAAUAAAGAAAUCAGUCGAUGAGUUUGCUGAAGACCUGCAAAACAUGGCCGCACCUAAGGACUGUGCUGGUGUGUUUGCAAACGGCAUGACUACCAGUGGUGUGUAUAAGAUUCAACCUGAGGUUGGUGACGGACCGAUCGAUGUGUACUGCGAUAUGGAGACAGAUGGUGGCGGAUGGACGGUGCUCCAGCGGCGUCAAGACGGCUCAGUUGACUUUGACCGCGACUGGGAGAGCUACCGCCAGGGGUUCGGUGAUCUGAACGGUGAGUUCUGGCUUGGCAACGACAACCUGCAUCGACUCACCACUCAAGGCACGUACCGACUGCGCGUCGAUCUCGAGGACUUCGAAGGCAACACUGCAUAUGCCGAGUAUGAUACGUUUCGUGUUGCCGAUGGGAGUGCCAACUACCGGUUGACGGUUGACGACUACUCGGGAACGGCUGGUAAUUCCCUGGCUAGACAUGACAACCGGGCUUUUUCUACCAAAGACCGUGACAACGACUUACGUGGAUCUGUCAACUGUGCCGAAACGUCCAAGGGCGCUUGGUGGUAUAAGAGAUGCCACCACUCCAACCUGAAUGGCAUGUACUUCGGUCAGGGGUCCACAGAGAUCGGCAAAGGAGUAGUUUGGUUCAAAUGGAGAGGGCACGCCUAUUCACUGAAACGUACUGAGAUGAAAAUUAAGAUCUUCGUAACAAAUCCUUUUAAAUUGAUUUUCUUCUGAAUUGUUUGGUCUUCGUCAGAUUGCUAAUGCUCAUAAGAGGAAUGCAUGUUACAUUUCUUCUCUCGCGUCACUAGAAACGCACUCUCACGUCACUCUAAAUUCUAUAUAUUGACGUGUACACGCAGCCAGGGCAGCGUCACGUGAUGAAUAACAGUUUUUACGAUUACCCGGAAAAAUCUCUAUUAAAAAGGAUUGCCCCCCAAAAAGUGAUAUAUGCUAAAGGCCGCCGCUUCAUACUAAUUAACGCGAAUGCGAUAGCGACGCGAGUUUGUAGUCACUACACAGUUACAGCGAUAUCGCUCGGGUUGAAAUGUGUUCCACUUACUACGAAUUUGCAAUGCGAAUGCUUGAUCAGGCGUGACAAAUUCGCCUUCGAUUCUGUUUUUACAUGAAGUAUGAAGUGGCCGUUACCGUUAUUUUGACCCCCUAAGCACUGAAAAAAAUGGAACAUGAGACGAUUUCCCCUGACAGCUUCACCGGGAUCGAAUGACAGAUCUUGGUAUGUCAUAUCUGGUCCUCACAUUUCGGAAGCCCCGGUUUUUUAGUGGAUAAAUGCAGCCCUGAUACUGACUUUCAAUAAAAAUAUGUUUAAUUGCAGUGUAUCAACCACAAAGGUAAAUAUCACAAACGAAUAAGUAUGUAAACGACACAUAGCCAAGGCUGAUCGUAGGCCUAUUUGUCGAUCUUUCUAUGUUCAAUUAUCAGUAUAGUAGCGAAUUGUCUAAGCACAGAGAGGCUUGGUAACAGUCACUGUACAGCACACUGUGAAGUUCAAAUUUAAUCACUGGAAAUGCCGUUGUUAUGGUGGUUAUUUAGAGUCUACACCCUUUUGUUGCUUUUUUUUUUGGUUCUUUUUGUUUUUCCUUUUUUUCUUCUUCUUUCUUUUGGUUCAUAAACACACGUGGGCGAUGCCCAACUUCAAAUGUCAUCAUUGACCCACAUGUCCUGAGCAUUAUGAGCAGUUAUUCAUUUGGGUAAAAACUGCAAUGGAGGAAGCAUAUUGCGUGUUUCCUUGGCAUGUGUACUGCCAGUCAUGACUGCCACGAGCCUGUCAGCUAAACUGAAGUGUUCGGAUUGAAUUAAAAGAGCCUGUCAAUGUUUAAAUAGCGUAUCCCACCAAAGUCUCGAUGCGCUUCACAAGAAACAACAAAACCAAUUAAUGGAAAAGGUACGUUUUAAGCCUAUGUAGGCUAAGCUUGACCUUCAAGGGUUUCGCUUGGCAUCCGGUUAUCCCAUCUAGGCAAUGCUAACAUCUGUUUCCGGAAGUAUACGAUAUUAUUUAAAAUAUGGAGAAUAGAGACGAUCCCAGAGAUGAUAUCACAGGUUUGUCAAAAAUGUUAACCGGUAUAGCUGAAUAAAUCAAACAGGUUUCCCGCGCAUUCUUUUCUCAA